GAUGAUAAAUUAGUGGAUGGUGUCGCCAUCAGACAAACUUAAGGGCAUUAAAACCAUACUUAGAUCUGAAGCUAACCAAAGCCCCACUUGUAAAAAGCUGUCUUAUUUACGACACCAUCCAUCCUUAUAAUAGAUAAAAAAAGUCAAGUGGUAUAAUCCGUAAUUAUUCUCAUCUUCCAGUGGUGUUUAUGAAAGCUUCUUCUCUUUUUAAAAACCUUUACUUUAUCUCUCUCUUCUCUUCUCUUUCUUCAAACUCUGUUUGUGGCUACAAAGUAAAAAAAACUAAAAAUGAGAGGACUCUCCGUAACCACGGCGGCGAUAUUCGCGAUUCUAGUCAUUCUCACCGUCCAGUACUGGUCCGUCGCGGUUUCUUCUCAGUCCGUCGAACUGUCCGGAGAUUUCCCUCCGUUCGAGACAGAGUGCCGCGGUUCUAUAGCAGAGUGCUCUGUUUCCGCCGAGGGAGAUCUAUUCAGCGGAGGAGGAGGAAUGGGAGCGGAGUUCGAGAUGGACUCGGAGAUCAACAGGCGGAUAUUAGCAACGAGGAGGUACAUAAGCUACGGUGCGCUGAGGAGAAACACUGUUCCUUGCUCGCGUCGCGGCGCAUCUUACUACAAUUGCAGACGUGGAGCUCAGGCCAACCCUUACCGUCGUGGCUGCAGCGUCAUCACUCGCUGCCGGCGCUGAAUCUUCUUGUAACUCUUUCUUCUUCUUCUUUUUUUCUUUUCUAUAAAAUUCUUUUUUCUUUUCUUCUGAGAUAUAUAAUUUUUCAGAAACUUCUCUUCUUCUUCUCUUUUUUUUUUGCCGGUUUAUUUAUUAUAUCUAAGUUCGUUCAUUAUGCCAUUAGAGUUACGUUACACAUAAAAAUUUAUAUACUAUGUAAAUGUUUCUGAGAAUAUAUAUCUAUGUUGUUAAUGUAAGUUUGUUACAUACAUAAACCAGAAAAAUAUUAUGGAAUAAGUA